UGGUGAGCGACACUCGGUGACGACUGCCUGGCCGCGCCGCACCACUGCGCCGCCGACGCUCGCACGGCCUGCACGUCCGCCUGCCACCCGCUCCUGCCGCGACCUGCCGCCCGCAGCCGCCCACGCCGCCCGCGCGCCCACCGUCCUAGUACGACGUGAUAGUCUCGGUAACACAGCGGCGCGCCGGAUCCUCGACAGACUUUUCGGUAAGACUCGGAGCGGCGGCCGGAGUGAGUGACUUACUGGUGGCUCGAGUGAAGGUGUCGCAGACAUGGAGGACAACUCCAUCCCUGACGACUGCAGGAGUGUACGUUCAGGGGGGUCGGCAGGGGGGCGGUCCCCCCCGCCCUUGUCACCCGUCAUAACUAGCAUGGUGGGCUGUGUGUCUCCAAGCAGCCCUCCGCCGCCCCUGCUUGCCGCGCCGCCCCUCUCCGUGCCCGGGCCCUCGCCGCCCGGAGGGCAUUCGCCGCCCAUCUUCCCCUCCCCCCCACCCACGUCCCGCCCGCCGCCCUUCCUGCCCGCCCUCUACUUCUCGCACGCCUACAACUCGCCGCCGCCGCCCAUCCACACGUCGGACCCGACCGCCAAUGACUGCAAGCUGGUUGAAUAUCGCGGCCAGAAGGUGGCGGCCUUCAUCAUCAACAACGAGACGAUGCUGUGCCUCCCGCAGGCGUUCGAGCUGUUCCUGAAGAACCUGGUGGGCGGCCUGCACACAGUCUACACCAAGCUCAAGCGGCUGGGCAUCGAGCCCCUGGUGUGCAACGUGGAGCAAGUGCGUGUGCUGCGAGGCCUGGGCGCCAUCCAGCCCGGCGUCAACAGGUGCAAGCUGCUCUCCAUCAAGCACUUCGACGUUCUCUACAAGGACUGCACCACCGCCAGGCCGGGCCGCCCCCCGAAGCGUCCUCACGAGAUCCUGGGCAUGAGCGGCCUCCACCACUCCCCCCUCGGACACGGAGGGCUGCCCCCGCCCCACCUCUCCCCCGAGGCCCUCAUGGCGCUCAAGAAGACGCGCAUGGACCCCAGGGACUUCCCGCCCUUCAUGAACGGCGGCGUGCAUGACAAUGAGAUGGAGAAAUCACCGCUCCUGUCGAACGGAUACAACCCGCCCCCCAAGGGCCUGAUGGCCCAGUACAUGGCCCUGAAUGGCGGGAUGCCCCACCCCGCCCUGCUGGCACACACGGGCCUGCCCCUGCCGCCCCACCCGGCGCCCUGGGCCACACACGCCGACCACCCCUUCAAAAACGGCCCCCACCCAGAAAACCUAGCACGCGGACCCGCCCCUGCCCUCUCCUGA